UUGCUCACGUCACAUCCGGAGAUGCACUUUUCUAUGUUUGAGAGAAAUGGCGGCGCUCAUUACAGUGAGGGGUUCAUUCUCGUUUAUGAGACGCUUGGUCACUGUCCAGCAUCUGCACAAGUGUUGUUACUCUAAACUUCAGACCCUUUCUGUACCACACACACACCAUGUAUACUCCAGCAACACUUUGCAUCAGCACAGAUUUUUCCGUACUGGCUAUGCUGCAGCAGGGCAAAUUUUGCAGUUCAAGCUGUCAGAUAUCGGGGAGGGAAUUAGGGAGGUGACUGUAAAAGAAUGGUAUGUGAAGGAAGGUGACCGAGUGUCUCAGUUUGAUAGCAUCUGUGAAGUCCAGAGUGACAAAGCAUCGGUUACAAUCACCAGCCGCUACGAUGGAGUCAUCCGCAAACUCCAUUACGAUGUCGAUUCUAUUGCAUUAGUGGGCAAGCCUUUAGUUGAUAUUGAAACUGAUGGAGGACCCGCUGGUGCUCCAGAGGAGGAUGUGAUGGAAACACCAGCAGUGUCACAGGAAGAACACACUCACCAGGAAAUUAAAGGCCACAGGACACAGGCCACACCUGCAGUGCGACGCAUAGCCAUGGAGAACAAUAUCAAGCUCAGUGAAGUUGUCGGGACUGGAAAGGACGGACGCAUUCUCAAAGAAGACAUCCUGAACUUCAUAGCCAAGCAGACUGGAGCCAUCCUACCCCCUACCCCCUUCCAGGAGAUCCAGCCUCCUCCUCCCACACCUCCUCCAGCUGCCAGGCCCAAAGAGACGAAGCCUGUGAGCAUCCCUAUACCCGUCAUCCCGAGGCCAGUGUUUACAGGCAAAGACCGCACCGAGCCACUUAAAGGUUUUCACAAGGCCAUGGUGAAGACGAUGACAGCAGCUCUGAAGAUCCCACACUUUGGGUAUAAGGAUGAAGUGGACCUCAGCCAACUGGUGCGUCUUCGCUCUGAGCUGAAGGAUGUGGUUGAGCCUCGGGGAGUGAAGCUUAGCUACAUGCCGUUCUUCAUCAAGGCAGCAUCACUUGCUCUCCACCAUUUCCCCAUCUUGAAUGCCUCCAUUGAUGAAGCAUGCCAGAAUAUCACCUACAAGGCUGCACACAACAUUGGUCUGGCCAUGGAUACACCCCAGGGUCUGCUGGUGCCCAAUAUAAAGAACGUACAGAUGCUCAGUCUGUUUGAAAUUGCCACAGAGCUCAAUAGACUACAGGCUUUGGGCGUAUCCGGGCAGCUUGGCACAACGGACCUUACUGGGGGAACAUUUACACUCUCCAACAUCGGCUCAAUUGGGGGUACUUAUGCAAAGCCAGUGAUUCUACCACCAGAGGUUGCAAUCGGUGCUAUUGGGAAAAUCCAGGUUUUACCCCGCUUCAACUCCAAGGAUGAGGUUGUGAAAGCACACAUCAUGUAUGUGAGCUGGUCUGCAGAUCACAGAAUCAUUGACGGGGCUACAAUGUGUCGUUUCUCCAACCUGUGGAGGUCUUAUCUGGAGAACCCAGCCUCCAUGAUGCUGGAUCUGAAGUAGAUCAUCCUGCCUUUAGAAAACAUCUGGACACUGACUAAUGUUUGAACAUCAUUGUUAUGAUUAAGUUACUGCUACUCCAGAAUUUUUUCUUUGUGUUCGUUUUCCCUUCCCCUUUCCAUGAUCUUUCUCUUCUCUCAUGCCAUGGAAAGUGUGCACAAGUUAAGGACAUUAACACAUUGCUUAAAUGUGACCCGAAUGUACAGUUGUUAGUCUUGUGUAGGUAAAUUGCUUUUUUCUAUAAAUACACACAGCCAAGGCAGGACCUACAGACUGUUAUAUUAUGUGUUCAGUUCGUGUGUGUCCUACUCUUGCUGCCUGGGUGAAAAUGGUUGUCAUAACACUAUGAAUACUUCAUUGGCCUUGUAAAUGCAGAUGAUUUUUACCUCCCUAUAAAUGCAUAAUUGCACAAAUAACCCGACAGUAUACACACAUCCUGGCUGUGAUUAUGGGACGUUUGGUGGUGAAGAAAUCAUGUAAUCUCUACUGUGUUGGAUUUUACUGUAUUUAAAGAAAAAACAGUUUAUGAAUGGUAUAUGUAGUUUUAGAACAGGUUACAAGGGGUAGAUGUUACAUGCAUAGUUUAUCUGUUAUUUUGUUUGUUGUUUUGUGUGGAUUUUGAGCAGGGAACAGUUUUAAUAAAUUAUGUCAUUAUGAA